AUGAAAGAAGUAAAAAGAUCCAUUAGAAUUAUGCAAGGACCACAAGAGAAGCCGAAAGAUUCACCACAAUUGAAAAAAAGAGAAAUCAGUAAGUCAAGAGAAGUCAAAACCAUAAUUGUCGGAAGAAUGAAAGAAGUAGAAAGAUCUAUUAGAAUUAUGCAAGGACCACAAGAGAAGCUGAAAGAUUUACCACAAUCGAAAAAAAGAGAAAUCAGUAAGUCAAGGGAAGCCAAAACCAUAAUCGCCAGAAGAAUGAAAGAAGUAGAAAGAUCUAUUAGAAUUAUGUCAAUAAAAGCCAAAACUAUAAUCACCAGAAGAAUGAAAGAAGUAGAAAGAUUCAUUAGAAUUACGCAAGGACCACAAGAAAAGCCGAAAGAUUCACCACAAUCGAAAAAAAGAGAAAUCAAAGCCAAAACCAUAAUCGCCAAAAGAAUGAAAGAAGUAGAAAGAUCCAUUAGAAUUAUGCAAGGACCACAAAAGAAGCUGAAAGAUUCACCACAAUUGAAAAAAAGAAAAAUCA